GAGCGAGGCGAGGCGAGGCGAAGCGAGGCGAAGCGAAGCGAGGAUGCGGUGGGAGCGGGUGGCUCUGGUACUGGUUGUCUUCUCAUGCGGGGUGUAUGGGCUGUGGAAGUUCUUCAGUAUUGCGCUGGCAUUGGGAGUGAGUCUGGGUGGCGCAUGGGUGCUGAGGGCCAUCUACAACAUGCCCGGGCCUAGCGAGGAAGAGCUGGCUGGCAAGGACGAGGCCUUUGUCCGCGGACAGGAUUUUAUGGCCAGGAGCAUUCUAGCGGGCAUUGCUGUGGUCAUUGUGGCCACAUCAUGGGCGGCGACCUCGAUGGGCUUGAGGGCUUGGUUGGGAGGUGCUGUUCUCGUCAUCGAAAUCGUCGCCGUCUUUGUCGCCCAGCACAUGCUCCGCAAGUCGGACGCGACCUCGUCAUCCUCCCGCGAGAUGUCCCACAAGAUCGGCGUCGUCUUUGUCGGCGUGCUCCUCUUCUCGCCACCGCUUCUCUUUUGGUGGUCGCCAGAGGCGCUUGCUGCCCUGGCUUCGUGGGCCAUCUUUACCAUGGUUGCCUCAUUUCCGGCCAGCUCAGCCCGUUUGCUUGCGGUCGGAUCUGGUCUCGUCGCCAUCGCCCUCUACUGGAUCCUCGGCCUGGCACCUGCCGCCACCGCCGCGGCAUGGGCCGUCGCCUGGCGCCUCGUAUGCGUGUACUACGCCGCCGAGGACGAGCUCGAGGUGCUUCUGCUGCAGCUCCGGAUCCCGUUCUGGCUGCUGGUGGGGACCACCGCCGGCGCGCCGCUCGCCUACUACCUCAUUUCGGUCCAGGCCGUCCUGACUGUCCUCGCCGCCUGGGUCUACGCCGCUGCCUUUCUCCUUGGCGACUUUAUCCCGGACAACCAGUCGUUCGUCGACUUUGACGAGCUCGCCCGCAAGGCUCCUGACGCGGACGCCGGCGCCAAGCCCAACGCCCCCGAUGGGCCGGCCAAGCCGUCGUCGUCAAAGCCAAGCGGCCAGAAGAAGUUUGCCGGAAAGCGCGGUCGGUUUAAGAAGCGGAGCUGACUUGGUCAAGCACGUCGCGAGAGGAGUCGGCCUCGAUGUCCGCCGCAACAGAGCGUUGCGGUUGAGGACAGAGGCGUCAUGUGGCGACGAGCGCAGCCUGCUGGUGCGCAGGGCCUAGCGGGCGCUGGCCGUGCGGGUGCACGCUGCCGAGGCGGCGGCCCACAGGUCAGAGAUCGAGUACGUACACUCGGCAGGCAUGGCCUUGUAGCCCAGGGUAGAUGCCUCAAAGACAUAGAACCGCAGCGGCCACGCGCCGUACGUGGUCUGGAACUCGUUGUCGAGCGUGUCGAGAAAGACGGGCAGCCGGAGCUGGUACAGGUCGGCAAAGUGGGUGGCGGCCUCUGCAC